GUGGAGCAGUGUUGAGCACACCAUGCUUGACACCGCCGCUCCUCUGCCCGCCCCACGUGGCUGCCUCUGCCCUCCCCGGCUCCAUCCCUGGCGCCGCCCCUGCGUCUGACCUGCCCCCGGGCGGUGGCCGGGCGGCCGGAGCGAGGCUGGUCCGGCGCGCGCGCGAGCUUUUGCUACCAGCGGCCGGUGUGGGCGGACGUGCGGCUCCCGGCGCGGUGACUGUUUCUGGAAGGAAUUUCGACUACAAGUCGUAUAAGCAUCUGUCAGUUGCGUUGAAGAUUGUUACAUUUUCCGGUCAACAUGGAACUGCCAGCCUGCAGAAUCUUCACUGCGCCCUCAAACUUUCUCCCACGGACCACAGCUCAUGUGCAGCAGUACGUGCGUGCGCCGCCGUUGGUACCGAAAUUAGAAACGUCCAUCUGCCGGUCAAAACCGAACUACGGCCUACGGAAACUUCAGCUCUUGCGAAAGUUCGCCAGUUGGUGGCACUGCUCCGGCACACCGACCAAUGGACGGCGCUUCCAGGGAUCCCGUCACAAACUUCACUCGGUGGCGCUGGUGUCCAGCUGACAACUGACCGACCGCCCCGACCUGGCGAUAGGAGCCCCUCGCAGGCUGACUGCACGCGGGGAGCCGCCCUUUCAAGACUGGCGCCGGUGUCCUCUACAGUGGAGACCAUCGCGGCAGCAUGUGUGAAUCGGAGAAGAGCCGGUGGUGUCGCGCAACAGUCACUGGAUGUGACUGAUGGUGUCCGAGGGGGUAAUCGGGGGGGAGGGGGCAGGUACACCUGCCCUCUCUCCUCAUUACCCCCUCCCAUGCUUGGGUGGUAUGUUUGAGCCCAAGCACUGUAUUGGGGGAGGGGUACAGGGUGGUCCCUGGUGGACCACUCUUGUCGGGGACGUUUGGGUUGGGGGGGGGGGGGUCAGUCACCAGGUGGUGGCUACCAGAAACUGUAGUCACCACCUGGCUGAACCCCCCCCCCCCAGCCCACACAUCCCCGACACUGGUCGGGGGCGUGUGUGUGUGUGUGGGGGGUCAGCCACCUGACUGAGUCCCCCCCCCCCCCCAACCCGCACGUCCUGGACACCGGUCCGCCAGGGGUUCCCUGUUACCCUCUCCCCCACCCAGCAGCUGGGACGGGGUAUGUGUCAUGUGAAAGAAAUAAACAACCGAUGUAUUCAAA